GUAACAGCUUGAUAGCCAGCAAAGAAAGGGAGAGAAAAAUGGCAUCGGAGCAGGAGCGAGCUGAGCUUAACGCAAAGGCAAGGCAAGGAGAGACAGUGGUUCCGGACAAAACUGGCGGCAAGAGCCUUGAAGCCCAGGAGCACCUAGCUGAAGGGACAAGUCGAGGAGGGCAGACUCGUCGGGAACAACUGGGGACAGAAGGGUACCAAGAAAUGGGAAGCCGAGGAGAACAGACUAGGAAUGUUAAAUUUUCAACAGAAGGAGCAGAUUGGAAGAGAAGGGUACUAAGAGAUGGGCCGGAAAUGCGGCUUGAGCACCACUGACCAGCCCGGUGGCAAACACGUGGCCAAGGAAGGGAUUGACAUUGAUGAAUCCAAGUUUAGGAAACAAAUGUUUUACGUCACGCAUAAUAGAGUUCUAUAAACAUUAAUCCUUCCUAUGUAGUUUUUUAUUGUCUGUUUGUUUGUCUGUGUUCGUAUGUAAUGUAUUGGUUUGAAGCUUCUUUCA